AUGCGCAAAUAUGAUUUUUUCUUCGAUCUUGUAGGUUGUUCAAAGCUAUCUAUCUCAGAAUGUUCAUAUCUAACACAGACUGUUCAUAUCCAUCCAUCUAUCUAUCUAUCUCAGCAUAGUCUAUCUAUCUAUCUAUCUAUCUAUCUCAGUAUAGUCUAUCUAUCUAUUUAUCUAUCUAUGUAUAGUCCAUCUAUCUAUCUAUCUAUCUAUCUAUCUAUCUAUGUGACGUCCCUCAACACAGCCUUCGCUCGCUCCUCGCUGCUUCGUUCGGGUGUCGCCGCUCCAAACCUCUCAUCCCCCAAUAUCACCUGGGAUCUAUCAAUGCCAAUUAUCAAGUGGGGUAGCGAAACACAGUCGACCGUCGCCUCGAAAAAAGUUCCAUUCUUAAGUCUCGCCUCUCUUUUCCUUUCUUUCCUUCUUCUUUUUCUUUUCUUUUCUUUUGGGCUGGUAAAUGAUGUCACAUCUAUCUAUCUAUCUAUCUAUCUAUCUAUCUAUUCCUAUCUAACUAUCUAUCUAUCUAUCUAUCUAUUUAUCUAUCUAUGUAUCACAAAUUGUUCAUAUCUAUCUCAGUAUAGUCCUAUCUAUCAAUCUAUCACAAAUUGUUCAUUAUCUAUCUAUCUAUCUAUCUAUCUAUCUAUCUAUCUAUCUCAGUAUAGUCCUAUCUAUCUAUCUAUCUAUCUAUCUAUCACAAAUUGUUCAUUAUCUAUCUAUCUCAGUAUAGUCCUAUCUAUCAAUCUAUCUAUCAUAAAUUGUUUAUUAUCUAUCCAUCUAUCUAUCUAUCUAUCUCAGUAUAGUCCUAUGUACAUAUCUAUCUAUCUAUCUAUCUAUCUAUCUAUCUAUCUAUCUAUCUGUCUUAUAGUCCUAUCUAUCUAUUUCAGUAUAAUCCUAUCUAUCUAUCUAUCUAUCUAUCUAUCUAUCUAUCUAUCUAUUUAUCUAUCUAUCUGUUCAGGGUGGUGA